AUGAGCGAUUAAAAGAGCUACACUUCGCCUAAGUAGCUCAUGUAUUUAACAAUCGAAGAUUACUAAUUUGAUAAUAAGAAAAUAUAAAGCAGUUUUGAAUGUAGGGUUAGCAUUAAUGACCUAGAACUUGAUGUUCUCUCUCUUCAUAAAGUUUCUCUUGAAAUUCCUAUUUAUUCUUAUGGAGACUCUUUAAAUCUGUUUUUUGUUAAUACAAAAAAUGAAUUAAUUGGCAGUAUAACUUUCCCAUUGGAGUUAUUUUCAGAUUAAAAAAUUGUCAAAAGAUGGAUAACUCUUUUUGACCCUGAGGAUGAUAAUUAUGAUGGAGACUUUCUUGAAGAUGAUACUGAAGUGCCUCGCGUAUUGCUGAAUUUCUAAAUGUCUUAAAUAUCUAACGAGUACAUAUCUUAAGAAUAGUCAAAAUACGUCUACAUGAGCAACUUAAACUCUUUAAAUGGAUUCGAAGGUAGUAAUAAUGAAGGAAUGAAUGCAAAUACCUACAAUUAAAAUAGCUCUAAUAGCAAUUUUACUUAUAACAUCCCAAUAAAUAAUAAAUUUGGAAAAUCAAUUGAUGCUUUGCAAUAAUAAGAUGAGAAUAGGGAGUAAAAUACAUUGAAUUCAUCUGCAACAAAGAAGAAUAACAAAGAAAUAGAAACAACUCAUUUUGAAUUAGAGUAGCUAAAAAAAGAUUUUGAAUAAGAGCUUUAAAAAAUUAAAUAAGUCACAUAGGACUUCUCAAACGAGAGAGAUAUGUUUUUAAAAUCUCAAAAAUUAACAAGUGCUAAUUCCUCUUAUGAGCUUUUAACUGAAAAGAUAAGCAAGCAAAUAAAUGAGUUUAUUUUGCAAAAUAAUUAACAAAAAAAAUAAAAUGAAUAAAUCAGCUCUCUAUAAAAAGAGAUAUAUAGCCUGAAAGCUACAAUAGCAACUAGAGAUAUAAAUAUUAAGGAUUUAGAGCAAAAGUUAAAAAUAAUGAAACAAAGAGAGGAGUAAUUAUAUGUUCAAAUAUAAGCUUUGAAUGUAGUUAUAGAUGACUUAAAAGCUUAAAAUAGUGAGCUAAAGCAGCAAUACUCUGAGAUUUAAGAAGCACUUUAGAGUUCAGAUCGAAAUAGCUUAAAUUAAACACAGAAAUUCAAGAAGGAAUCAGAAAAAGAUAUUCAAGAUUAAUUAGACUAACAAAUAAACAGCUUUGAUAAAGAAGUUAGAGAUCUUUAAGAAGAAAUCCAAAAGAGAUAACAAAAAGAGCUAGAAAAUGAGUCUAAGCUUAAAGAAUAUGAGUUACAAUUCAAGAUUCAAGACAAAAAAAUAUCUUAAUUGCUUUAAAUCUAAAGAGAAAGUGACCUGCUAUAGAAAUGCAAAUCUAACUAAGGAGAUUCUAGAGAUAGUCAUAUUUAAUUUGAAUAAAAUGUCUUAUUGGAAUAAAUCAAAAAAAAUUAUGAGUUAAGCAUAAAUAACCUUACUGAUAUAAUUCAAAGCAAAGAUAAAUUAAUUUCGGAGCUUAAUUAAUAACUAUAUAUGUCAAUAUAGCCUGAAAAUGAUCUCUCAGCUUCAAACUACUCUUAAAAACUAGGAAAUUCUCACAGCGGUAAAAAAAGUGAAUAAAUAGAAUUUUUAGAAAAUGAAAUACUACGCCAAAUAUAGUUAAUAAAUGCAAAUGAGAAAAAAAUAAAUGAAUUAGUCUAUGAAAAUAACGAUCUCAGAGAGAAAAAUUUCAAUCUACAUUAGAAACUUAAUAUUUCAAAGAGUGAAGGUCUCACUAAGAAUUAACUUUUACAGCAAAAGACUAAAGAAUUAGAAAUUUAAAUUUCAGAGUUAAGAGAAAAAAAUUAUUCAGAUUACCAUGAAAAAGAAUUAAUAAACGCAAAAUAUGAAAAAAUUUAAUUUGACUUUAUUUAAAUGAAGGAAUUACUUUCUUUGAAAGAGUUGGAAGUGUAAAAAUUAAACUCACUAAUACAAGAGAUAUAAUAUGAAAACUCUCAAAUUCCUUCACUAAAAGAAUCUAUACAUAAAUUUGAGUUUAAUUACUAGUAAAUUUAAGCUAAAGUUGAAGAAGUUGAAUAGGAUAAUAGAGACUAUAUGUCAUAGAAUAAAGUUUUAGAAGAGACUCUUGCUUAAAUGAGAGCUUAGAAAGAAGGUUUAUUAUCUAAAUAUGAAGAAGUAUAAAAAAAAUAAUAAGGAACUAUGCUAUAAAUGGAAGAAUUAGCUUAAAGGACAGAAGAAAUGCUCAACGAAAUCUAAAUUUUAACUGAAGAAAAGGAUUUGUUGAAAGAAAAGUAUGAAGUUACUAUCGAAGAAAGAAAUUUGAAAGAAAAUGAAUAUACGAAGUCAGUUUUAGAAAUCAAAUAAACAAUAAUAAUAAUGCAAUAAAAUCUAGACAAUGUUAAUAAUAUCCUAAAUGAAGAGAGAUAGUUGAAUUCAUAGCUAUAAGAAGAAAUAGCAAAAUUAAAUGGAGCAAAUAGUUAAUUAGAAAGCUAAUUUAUUGAGGAAUCAAUCAAAUGCAAAUAAUUAAAUGAAAGAGAAGUUCACUAUAAACAGGAGAUAGGCAAUUUAUAAUAGUAAAUUGCAUAUAAGCACUAAGAAUUACUUUAAUUAAAAGAUUAGAUAACCAGCUUAAGUGAUUCUAGCUCUGAAUUCAAAGAAGAAGCUUAAAAGAAAUUUGAGUACAUGAACCAAGUAAUAAAACAAAAAUAAUAAGAAAUAGAGGAUAUGUAAAAUUAAUUGGAUGAUCUAGAAAAAUAAAUAUAAGAUUUAAAUCAUCAAUCUGAAUAAAAGUUAGAAUCCUAAAAAAUUUAAUAUAACCAAUAAAUUUAAGAGCUGAACAGCUUAAAUUAACAAUAUAUAUUAAAAUUCACUUAAGAAAUUGAGAAUUUGAAGCUUACAGAAUAAUAAGAAAAAGAUUAAAAUGAUAAGAAAUUAAAUUUGCAAAUUAAUAGCUUAAAUAGUCAAAUUUUAAAUCUUUAAAGUGAAUUAGAAGAGAGUAGAUCAAGCAAUUAAGCCUAAAUUAAAAGCUUUAAAACUUAGAUUGAGCUUCUUUAAAAUAAAAAUGAAUAAAUAACAGAUCAGCUAGGUUAGCAAGACUUAUCUAUUUAGAUGUAUGAAUAGAAAAUAUUGCUGCUCUAAAAUUAAGAAAAUGAACUCAAGAUAAACUAUCAAAAAGAGUUAGAAGAGCUAAAGGCUCACCUAAUAUUCCAAAAAGAAUAAGAAAUGACUCUAUAAAAGUAGGACCUUACUUUAUUAUACUAAGGAUAAAUAGAUGAUAUGGCAAAAAGUAUGCAGUAGCUUUAAUUUGAUUUAGAUUUUACAAAACAAAAUUUGAGUAGUUAAAUAGAAGAAGCUCAAAAAUAGAAUGCAUUAUUACAAAAAUAAGAAGAAGAAAUAUCUCAACUUAAUAGUGGCAUAAUAAAAUAUUAAAAUUAAAACUAAGAAUAUAAAACUUAAUUAGAAUUAGAAAAAUAAUAAUAUUUGGAAAAAAAUAAUUAGCUUAAUUAAUAACACAAAAAGUAACUAGAUGAAAUUUAGUUGGAUCACUCAAAAUUAUUAGAUGAAUUGAGGAAUUAGAUAAAAUUUUUAAAUGAAACAUAUUAAAUUAAUUAAUAAUAAGAUGAAGAUAAAAUUAAUGAUUUGGAUUAAAAAGUGAAGUAAUCAAAUUAAGAAAAUUAAGAAAAAUAAGAAUAAAUAGAAUUAUUAAAUGAAAAUAUUGAAAACUAUUAAAACUCUCUGAAUGAAAUCAUAUCUAAAAAUAAAGAAAUUUAGGAAUAGUAUCAGUAGUUAUCCUUAGAAAACUAAGUUGUUCUUGCAAAUUACUAAUAAUCAAAAUAAUAAGUUGAGUAGCUUUAAUAAAAACUUGAUGAUACAAAUAAUUAAUGUGAUAAAUAUCUAAAAUUAUAAGAGUCAUAUGAAUAAGAAAUAGCUAAUCUUAAGGAAUUUAUCUUAUCUUAGGGUAAUUAGUUAAAAGAAUCUGAGGAUAUCAUAGCUACUCACAUAAAAGAAGUAGAAAAUUUAACAAAUAUUAUUAAUGAGUUUGAAAUAAUUCGUUAAAAGCUCAUCGAAUCAGAAGAAACAGAAGCUAAACUAUAAAAUUAGCUUGAAAUUUCUUAAUAAUAAUAAAAAAAUUAUAAAGAUUUAUUGGAAGAAUAAUAUCUAGAAAGUAGCAAACUUCAGCAAAAAAUUGAUGAAUAAUAAUAAGUAAUUAAGAGUUAAUCAUCAGAUUUGAUUAAUCUUAUUAAUGAAAAGAAAGAAUUGUAAAAUCAUUAUGAGGAAAAAAUUACUAAUCUCAAUGAAAAUUUAAAAUCUAUUGAAGAUGAAAAAUACCAAGAAUAAAAUGCAAUUCAAGAGAAAGAUUCAGUAAUAAAUUAACUAAGAAAAGAGUUGGAGCAAUAUAAUCAAGAAAAGGAAAGUUUACAAUCUGAAUUUAAAUAAUAAAUGCAAGAUCUACAAGAAUUAAAUAUUAAUUUAAAAAAAUAAAUAGAAAUUUCCACAUAAACACUUCAUGAAAAAUAAACAGAAAUAGAAGAAUAUAAGCUUAGAUUAACAGAGAAAGCUAAAAAAAUUGAAACAAAUCAGUAGGAAGUAUAGGAGAAUAGCAUAAAAUUAUAAAUAACUAUAGCUGAAAAAGAAAAUGCAGAAUAGAAAAUAAUAGAACUCACUAAAUUAUUAAAAGAAGCUUAACUAAAGGAAGAAAAACUGACAGCAGAAUUGUUAAAAAAAGAAAAUCUAAUUUUAGAAAAUGUUGAUUAAAUAAACAUGAUAAAUGAAUAAUUAGUUAUAUGCGAGAUAAAUUUAAAGGAAAAUAAAUAAUUUGAAAAAGAAUGUCAACAAAAAGAUGAGUUAAUCAAGCAACUUCAGUCUCAAAUUGUCUUGCUUAAAGAUUAGAUUAAAUUACUAGAAGUUUAAUUCAAUGAAAAACAAAGUGAAGCUUCAAAACAUCAAAAGCAUAGCCUUUAAAAAGAUUUUUAGAUUCAAGAAAAAGAAAACGAUCUACAAAAUUUAUCUAAGGAAAAUCAAGAUUUAAAGUAAAAAUUGAACCUAAAUUAAUAAGAAAUUAUUAAAUUAGAGGCAGAAAUAGCAAAUAUAAAGAAUAAAUCAUUAAGUGAAUAUAAUGAGAUGCAAGAAGAAUAACAAAAAUUAAAGGAGUCAUUUUAAUAAGAAAAAUAACAAUACAAAGUUUAAAUAAAUGAAAUUAAAGAUAAUGCUGAAAAGGAAAAAUAAAACUUCAAAAAAUGUAAAGAAAACUUAGAAGAGUAAAAUGAAUAGCUUAGAUUGCAAGUUUCUAAAGCAUUAACAGAAAUAGAAGAAUUAAAAUCUGUUAAUGAUUAAAUUUUUGCUAAUAAAUUAAGAGAAGAAACGAAAAGAUUCACUUCUUUGAUGGAAAAAUAUUAUGAGCUUGAAGAAACAAAUAAUAAAAACUUAGAAAAACUUUAGUAAAAUGAAUCUCUCUUAAAAGAUAUGCAAGAAUAAGAAGUCAUUAGAAGCACUUAAUUGAGUGAUCUUAAUUAAAUUAUUAAAGAAGCUAAUACUUUAAACAAAACUCUGGCUGCAUAAAUCGAAGAUCUGAAAAAGGACAUAGAUGAGAACGAUCUAAAGUAAAACGAAAAAAUAGAAUAAGAAAAAAAAAAAAAUAGAAACCUAGAAGUUAGAUUACAAGAUUUAUAGGAAUAAAUAGUAUAUCUUACUUAAGAAAAUGAAAAAUAUGCUCUCAGUUAACAAAGUUAGAUAGAAACACAAAAACUCGAGGAUUUGCAAAGUGAAAAAAUUUUAUUACUCUAAACAAUUGAAAGUUCUAAUAAAGAAAAGGAACAAUUGAUGCAAGAAUUAGAUUAUUUCAAAGCAGAAUUAGAAUAGUUGCAAAUAGACAGAAAAGUUCUCUAAGAAGAAGUUGAAUUACUUAAUAAAAUGACAACUUUACAGUUAAAAACUUAAGAAAAUGAUGUAAAAUCAGUAUAUUAAGAAUAAUUAGAAGAAGCAAAUAGGAUUAAGCUAGAAUUAAUUUAAAGUUUAUAAGAUAAAGAAAGAGAAUUGUCUGAAAAGGAAGCUGAAUUGCUAGCAACUAAAUUAUAAGAGCAAAGCUUAAGUAAAAAAAUUGAAGACUUGAGAAGCUCUUAAGAAAUGCUAACAAAAGAAUAAUAAAAAUUCUAAAUUAUUUAAGCUGAAGAGCUAGAAAGUAAAUUAAACAAAUACAACGAAGACAAAAUGAGUAUGAUAUAAACUAUUAACGAUUUAGAGUAUACUAUUGACAAAUUAGUUAAAUAAAAUGAAUUAUUAUCAUCAGAAAUCGAGAAAAGAGAUAGAGAAUACAUUUCUGUUUGCCAACAAAUUGAAGAUACAGAAAAUAGAUUAGCUAUGUAAUCUGAUUCAUUGUUUUACUAAGAAAAAUAUGAAACAGCAUUAAAAUAACUAUAAGAAAAGCAACAAGAAAUAGACAAUAUUAAUAAAAUUAGUGAAGAAAAAAUGUUAACUUUGAAGAAUCAAAUUGAGGAAUUAAAAGUAAGUAAUAAAUAAAGCAGUGAAAUUUUUGAAGCUGAAAAGAGAAAUAAAGAAUAGGAAAGGGAUAAUAUUCUUUUAAAAGAGCUAAAAAUGAAAGAAGAGCUCCUUUUAAAUCUAAAAGAAGAGAUUUUGUAGUUAAAAUAGAAUUAUGAUUAAGAAAUCAAAGACUCAAAUUAGAAGAAUAAUGAAUUAAUAUAAAGAAAAGAAUAAGAUCAUUUGAUGCAAAUGAACCACAUGAGAAAUGACUUAGUUUAAUAGUUCAGUGAAUAAUUUGAUCUCCUCAAAAUGAAGUCUGAAUAAACUGAAUUAUAAAAUGCUGAAUAAAUUUAGAGCAUAAUUACAGAAAAAAAUGAAAUAAUUGAAAAAAUUCUUAAGGAAAAAAAUGAAAUCUUAAACGAUCUCUCAAACUAAAAGAAUUGCUUAUAUAAUGAAUUCACAAUAGAAAAAUCUAGACUUAUUUAAAUGAAUGAAAAUCUCCUAGAAGAGCUAUCAGGGUUACGCUAGUCUCUGCAUAAGGCAAAUCUAAGCGAGCAAAAGAAACUGCAAAGCUCAGGAUAAAAAAAUAAAUAUGAAUCAGAAAACGAUUAUAUAACUUAACAAAAUUACGAAGCUUAGGAUUUGCAUGAACAACUUUUAGUUAAAGAAAAAAUUAUAAAGUUGAAAGAAUAAGAAAUCAACGACCUCAUUUAACAAAAAAAUAAAAUUGAUGAAAAAUAUUAAGAAAACCUUCUUAAAAAUGACGAUUUAAUAAAUAGGAUAGAAGAAAUUUCUAAGAGAAAUCAAGAAUUAAUUUAUCAAAAUGAAGAAUUGACUGAGAUAUUUGAGAAAAACUAACAAAAAUUCUAGGUUUUAUCCGAAAUGUAUGAUUUAAGGAUGAGUGAAAUUCAUAACUUGCAAAAUUAGCUUGAUCAAUUUGCUAGCCCUUCGAGAUUAUAGAUAUUUAGUUAAAAUAGAGACCAUAACAGUAAGAUAGAUAGAUAAGAUGAAGAUGAUGAUAGACACACUCUAAAAGAUAGAAAUAUUUUGAAUAAUGAAUCAAGUAUUAUUCCUUUAGAUACAUAAGAGGUAUGUGGAGAUAGCACAACCUAUAAUUACUAAAAUGAAAUUCCUUAGUAAGAAUCAUUUUUUGAAAAACACCCUGCAGCUUUAGCAGCAGUUUAAGCAUCUAACUCAGCUCGCUAACAAUAUUUAUACUACGGAUUGUCUUAUGAAGAUCUUUAAAAGAAAGUAGCUUAACUUGGAGAAGAAUUAAAUAUUGUAAGACAAGAAGACGAAAGUAAGAAAAUCUAAAUUACUGAACUUUAAAAGUAAUUAGAUAUUAUGAGAAACUAACAAAAUGAGAUAGAAUUUUCAUUGAUGUAGUAGCAACAUUAAAUGAACUUAAAAUCUUCAGCAAGGAAAAAUCAAAAUACUUAGAUGUCUUUGCAACUUAAUCCAUCUAAUUAAUAAGCAGGUACAGAACUUUCAAUAACUAAUUUUAACUCUACUGCUCCUGUUCAGUUAACUACAAAUACAUUUGAGGUUAUCCCAGAGUAAAUAGCAACUGAAAGAAAAGAAAAUAAUAAACAAGAAAAUUUGCAAUAAUAUUUUGGAGGAUCAAGGGCUAUAUAAAUGGCUUAAAACGAAGCAACAAUCAUUAAAUUGUAGUUUGAAAUAGAAAAAGUUAAUUCUGAGAAAGACUAACUCUAUGAAGAAAUCAAUUCACUAAGAAAAGAAAUUGAAAUCUUAAUACAUCAAAUUGUUGAAUUAGAAUCAGAAAAUAAGUCACUUAAUUAGAAACUAGACAAUAAAAUAAAAUAAGAAGAAUUAGAUAAUAAAUUGUCAAAUACAUUCGAAGAAAUCAAAAAUUAUACUCCUAAACAGUAGAAAUAUAACUAUUAGUAGAACUAGACUCCAAGUAGAGGAGUUAAUACAUCUCCAUUUAAUAGAUAAGUAACUCCAAAUGAUAAAAAAUCUACUCUAAGCACAUCUAAAAAAUCUCCCAACAGUGUCAAAAGAUAAGAGACAAAGAGUGGAUUUAAGUAAGAAAUCUACUCAAUUUAGGAAGAUCAUGAAUUGAAUGAUUUGAUAGAGAAACAUAUGGAAAUGAUUAAAGAACUCUAACUCAAGAACAAGUAAUUAUAAGAAGAAAAUGAGUAACUUAAAGAUAGCUUAGGUAAGAAUUUGGAUGAUUUGCAAAUGAAAAAUGAUGAGAUUUACAUGAAGUACGAAGAAAAAAUUAAAUAAUACAACUCAGGUUAUUCAGCAAAAUAUAUUAAUUUAAUCAAAGAAAAUGAAGAAUUAAAUUUCCUUAACAAACAACUAAAGGCUGAAAAUGAAAAAAUUACACAAUAAAACGCACAACUAAAAGAAUAUAAUGCUUAGUUAAUUGAAAAAAUAUCUUCAGAAUAAUAAUAGAAUGUACCAAAGUAAAUUUCUAAUACUUAAUCACCUUUUAAAAGCCCUUUAAGCAAGUAAAUUGUUCCAAUAAUUUCUGUAAAUGAACCUCCAGAGUAAGUUAAAGUAUCUAUGGAGAGACCUUAUACUCCUGAAAUGUCAUACAACUAGUAGGACUUCAUUGAGAACUCACCAUAGUUCUAGAGAUUUAUAAGUGGUUUAGAAAAAUAAUAUGAAAAUAGUUAGAAUGAAAAAGUAAAUAACAGAUACUAAUAAAUGUAUUUCUUAAAUGACAACUACAGUGAUGCUCAUAGAUCUGAUUUUAUUAAUAACUCUAAUAAUACUAGUACGAAUAACAUAAAUCUCUCAAAAAGUGCUACAAAAUUACCUCCAUCUGGCUAAAAAAAGGCAAGUGCUUCAUUUAUUUUUACUCAUUCUAAGCAAGAUCUAGCAAGUGAAAAGGAAUCAAAUGUUAAUAACUCUUAUGUGAUAAAUAAUUAACAGUAAUAAAAUUGUCUUAUGAGUGGAUCAAAAUCGCAGAGAUAAGACAAGAGAUCUUCCUCAAAUACCAACGCUAAAAACUCUUUACUCUAAUUAAAAGCAAUUGCUUCUCGUGAGAGUCCUUUUAAAUGA